CUUCAAGUUUGAGUGAUGAUGAUGGAGAUUGAAUCCAAGUGGGUGGUCCUGAUGGCCAUUGUUGUUUUGAUGUUGCGAUACCUUCUCAAGAAUGUAAAUUGGUGGUUGUAUGAAUCUAAAUUGGGUAAGAAGCAGUACUCACUGCCCCCUGGUGACAUGGGCUGGCCCUUCAUUGGCAACAUGUGGUUUUUCCUUAGAGCUUUCAAGUCCAGGGACCCUGAUUCCUUCAUGUCCUCCAUUGUCUCUAGAUAUGGACGAAGCGGAAUAUACAAGGCCUUCAUGUUUGGGAACCCAAGUGUGAUUGUGACAACCCCUGGAGCAUGCAAGAGAGUUCUGACAGAUGACACUAAAUUUGAACCUGGUUGGCCUCGCUCUACAAUAGAACUCAUGGGAAAGAAGUCAUUCGUGUCAAUUGGGUAUGAAGAACACAAGCGUCUCAGGCGCCUGACAUCGUCUUCAAUCAAUGGCAUGGAAGCAUUGUCUCUGUACUUGACAUACAUUGAAGACAAUGUUAUAAGUUCCUUGGAGAAAUGGUCCAACAUGGGAGAAAUUGAAUUCUUAACUCAGAUGCGGAAGCUUACUUUUAAAAUCAUCAUGCAUAUUUUCAUUAGCUCAGAAAGUGAACAUGUCAUGGAGGCUUUGGAAAGAGAAUACACUCAACUUAACCAUGGAGUUAGAGCCAUGCGGAUUAAUAUUCCUGGAUUUGCAUACCACAAGGCAUUCAAGGCGAGGAAAAAACUACUUGCCAUAUUCCAAUCUAUUGUGGACGAGAGAAGAGAGCAAAGGAAGACAUUUGUACCAAAAAAAGCCAAAGAUAUGAUGGAUGCUCUGAUUGAUGUUGAAGAUGAUAAAGGGAGAAAGUUGAGUGAUGAGGAAAUCAUUGAUAUCAUGUUGAUGUACUUGAAUGCUGGUCAUGAAUCUUCAGGACAUAUCACCAUGUGGGCGACCUAUUUCCUGCAAAAGCACCCAGAAUAUCUCCAAAAGGCUAAGGCGGAACAAGAAGAAAUAAUAAAGAAAAGGCCUCCAACACAGAAAGGGUUGACUCUUAAGGAAAUUCGACAGAUGGAAUUUCUUUAUAAGGUGAUUGAUGAAACAUUGCGUGUGAUUACAUUCUCACUUGUGGUAUUUCGAGAGGCAAAGUCUGAUGUCAACAUAAAUGGUUACAUCAUUCCAAAAGGUUGGAAAGUGUUGAUUUGGUUUAGGUCGGUUCAUCUUGAUCCUGAAAUAUAUCCUGAUCCGAUGCAAUUUAAUCCUAAUAGAUGGAAUGAACACAAGGCUGGGGAAUUUCUUCCCUUUGGAGCAGGAACUAGAUUGUGUCCAGGCAAUGAUCUAGCCAAGAUGGAAAUUGCAGUUUUUCUUCAUCAUUUCAUAAUGAAUUACCAGCUUGAACAGGUUAAUCCUGAAUGUCGAGUGAGAUACUUACCUCAUCCAAGGCCCAUGGACAAUUGCUUGGCAAGGAUCAGGAAAUGUUCACCUACAUCAACCUAAGAUGGAAGAAAGGGGAUUUACAAUAUGAAAUUCGAUCAAUAAAUGUACGAACCCAAAGCUAGUAUAAGUUAUUUUAUAAUAAUCGAAUAAUGUUUAUGAUAAAAUGUAUGAUAACACUCGUGAACUGUCACAAUUUAUCAUUUAUGU